UAUGAAACAUUCAGUCUGUAAUGAAAAUCAGCUGGCCUCGAUACCUCCGAUCUUUCGUCGGGGAAUAAACGGACGAGAAUGGAUUUCUGCUGCAUGCCAGAUGUUAACUGAUUGAAGAACUCAGUUCCAGAGAAAUUUGACACUAACUUCAAAGACCAUUUACGGGUUGUUGAUCUUGAUUUUAAGGAUGUUUGAAUAUUAUCGGAUUGCAUAACGGACUAUUUAGUUAUCAGUUCCAGGAAAGCUGAAACCCGUUGGGCUUGUCAGAGGGGAGGAGCAAAGGUCUGCUCAUUAUAGCAGACCUGAAAGUUUCCUUCAGAUGAAUCUGUGCUGGUUAACUGAAUCAGUCAUGGAGCUGCUGCUGCCGAUACUUCUUGGCUUUCUUGCUUGUCUGGUCGGAGGGCUGUACCUUCUCGGAGUGUUCAGACAGCGGCGACCAGGAGAACCCCCCCUCGAUAAAGGGCUCAUUCCUUGGUUGGGUCAUGUCUUAGAGUUUCGCAGGAACACCUUGAAGUUCCUAGAGAGAAUGAAGAAGAAGCACGGUGAUAUAUUUACAGUACAGCUGGGAGGGUUUUAUAUUACAUUUGUCCAGGACCCUUUUUCAUUUGGGGGGUUCAUUAAGGAGAGUCGGGACAAACUGGACUUUCAAAAGUUUGCAGUACACCUGGUGCACAGAGUGUUUGGAUACAAAGCUGUUGAAGGGGAGCACAUUGUUCUCCACAAUUCCAGCAACAAGCAUCUGAAGGGGGAAGGUCUGCAAGAACUGACCCAGUCUUUUAUGAGUAAUUUGCAGAACAUGAUGUUGCACAACAUUGGAUCAGCUGCAGAGGACAGGACCUGGAAAGAAGAUGGACUGUUCAGGUACAGCUACAAUGUUGUUUUCAGAGCUGGAUAUUUGGCCUUGUUUGGCAAUGUGCCACCCAAGUCAGAACAAAGUGAGGAGAAAGCCAAAGAGAAAGACAGAGCUGAAUCAGAAGCUUUAUUUCAGGAGUUUCGUAAAUAUGACCAGCUCUUCCCCAGACUGGCGUAUGGGGUCCUCCCACCGAUGGAAAAGUUGGCUGCAGAGAGGUUGAAGGCAUACUUCUGGGAUGUUCUGUCAAUACUGAAAAUGAAAACCAAGGACAAUAUCAGUGGCUGGGUGUGGGACAUACAGCAGGGUAAAGAGGAGAUGGGCAUCGAUAUGUCAAUGAUAAACAGAUACAUGUUUGUGCUUCUUUGGGCCUCUCAGAGCAACACAGGGCCUUCUUCAUUCUGGCUGCUGCUCUUCCUCAUGAAACACCCAGAAGCCAUGAAAGCAGUGAAGGAAGAGGUGGAUAAAGUUCUGAAAGAAUCUGGACAGGAGGUCCGGCCUGGUGGUCCUAUGGUCAACCUGACCCGUGAAAUGCUGUUGAAAACACCGAUCCUGGACAGUGCUGUUGAAGAGAACCUCCGACUCACUGCUGCACCCCUCCUCACCAGGGCAGUGAUAAAGGACAUGACCUUCAAGAUGGCUGAUGGGCGUGAAUAUUUACUUCGCAAGGGUGACAGAAUUGCAAUCUUUCCUUUCAGUUCUGUCCACCAUGACCCAGAGAUCCAUCCUGAGCCGCACUCAUUCAAAUAUGACCGCUUCCUGAAUCCAGACGGGACCAAGAAAACUGAUUUUUACAAAGCAGGAAAGAAGGUAAAAUAUUACACCAUGCCCUGGGGAUCUGGGGUCUCCAUGUGCCCUGGCCGUUUCUUUGCCACCAAUGAGCUGAAACAGUUUGUUUUCCUCAUGUUGGUCUAUUUUGAACUUGAGCUGAUGAAUCCGGAUGUGAAGAUACCUGAAAUUGACCUCAGUCGAUACGGAUUUGGGACGAUGCAACCUGUCAGAGAUGUCCAGUUCAGAUUCAGACUCAGAUAUUAAGACAGUCAGAUAAAAAUGAAACUGUGAUUUUCUUUUUCUUUGGAUCAAGAUGGUUUGAUGAGCACUUCCAAACUAUGGAAGCAGAUUUAAAUCUAAAGUUUUUGACAUGUUGGUCAACUGUAACAAUUCAAUAUGCAAAUGCACUGAUAUUCCAGACAGCUAUAUGUAUAUUGAACACAUUCUGAUCAUAACUCUUCUUCUUUAAGUAAUUUGCAGAUCAGCAAUCAGAUUAAAUCCAGUUAGAAAUGA